UUCCCUUUAUAUAUCACAAAUCCCAUGCACCUCUUCACUCACACCUCACCACAGUCAACUCCACAAACUCCUUCAUUUUUCUCGUUCUAGACGCAGAAAAUGGUAUCCCUAGAAACUGUUCAAGCAACAUCUAGAUCCAUUGACCAAGCUUCAAGCCCCCGUAUUUCUUUCUCUGCUGAAUUCCUUGAUGACAAGAACUUCAUUUCCAUUAGUCCAAGCCCACAGGCUGAGAAAGAUAAAGAAACAGAGCGAGAAAGGGCUAGAAAUGCAGAAUUUGAGUUCCUCUCGAGCAAAAUGAGCAGCCAGACUAUGCUAACAGCAGAUGAGCUUUUCUACGAAGGGAGAUUACUUCCCUUUUGGCAAAUGCAGCAUUCUGAGAAACUCAACAAAGUCAGCCUUAAGACUAAAAAUGCUGAGGAGGAAGGGGAGGUGAGCAAGGAAGAGCCAAGGGUUUGGUUUGUUGAUGAUGACCCAUCUCCAAGGCCACCAAAGUGCACUGUUCUGUGGAAAGAGCUGCUGCGGCUAAAGAAGCAGCGUGCUUCUUCUUUGUCGCCGUCAUCAUCCUCCUCUUCAACAUCAUCUUCUUCUAGCUCCCUUGCAGACAUUGCCACUAAAGAAGAAGGGAAGCGGGGUUCCGGGAAUGGAGAGAAGCACGUGAAGCGGAUAAAGAAAGGAUUAGAGAGAACAAGAUCAGCCAGUAUGAGAAUAAGGCCGAUGAUAAAUGUACCAAUUUGCACACAGAUGAAGAGCAGUGCAUUGCCACCUUUAUUUCCCCUCAAGAAAGGAAGGUUGGAAAGGUGAAGAUUAGGAGAGAAGAAGUAGCUCGAGGCUGUAUGAACCGUAGGAUUGUUCAAUAUGUUCGUUCAUCUCUUUUACCAGUUGAUUUAAUUACUUCAUUUCGAACUUCAGUUUUUCCCCUACUUUUGUGUUUAAUUAGAGUACUGUUAAUCAUGAUGGAUCUGAUGAAUUAUCAUGUAAAUGACGACAUUAUCUAUAAUGGAUGGUAUGGACAAAAUAA